CGCAAAUCAGAUUUCCAACGAGUAAGAUGGAACCGAGCAAUGUAUUAAAUCCUACCGUUAGAGUGAAAGAUGAGCCUCUUGAUGAAUCUUGCAAUGAUGAUAAUGAUUACAAAAUAUUUGACCCUACACCCGUUACUCAAAAUGUUAAAUACGAAAGGUUUUGGCGAGAAAAUGUAGGCCAAAUGCUUGGAGAAAUUGACAAAAAUCAUGAAAAUGAACUUGACGACAUCCAAAUCGAAUUGGAAUGUACAGACAUGAAGCCCAAUUUAUUGGCGAAAAUUGAAUAUUUCUCUCCAAAUCACGGACAGUAUAGUGAUGAUUAUAAAACUGGAAGCACAAUUAAAUCAGAAACUGUUGGGACAGUGAAGAAAGAAAUUUUUAGCGAAAAAGAAAGUGAUUUGAAGUUAGGUUAUGGACUCUGCGAGAAAAAUGAAACAGGAAGUGUUUCAAAAGAGAUUAACUAUAAUCAUAGGCUAAAAACUCAGACUGAAUCAGCCCGUAAUGGCAAUAUCAUACCUUCAUGUGGUAUUUGCGGAAAAGUGUUCAAACGAAUAGGUCAUCUCAAUAGGCACAUCAACUUGGUGCAUCGUAAAAUAAGACAUGCAUGCGAUAUAUGCCAAAAUACGUUCUCAGAGAAGAAAAGUCUCAGAAAUCACAUCGAUUCGGUGCAUUAUAAAAUUAUGCAUCCAUGUGAUGUAUGUCAAAAGACAUUCUCAAACAGGAGUAAUCUCAGAAAGCACAUCGAGUCGGUGCAUAAUAGUGUCAGAUAUGAAUGCGAUAUAUGCCAAAAGACAUUCUCAGAUAAGGGUUAUCUAAAAACCCACAUCGAUUCGGUGCAUCGUAAAAUAAGACAUGCAUGCGACAUAUGCCAAAAUACGUUCUCAGAGAAGAAAAGUCUCAGAAAUCACAUCGAUUCGAUGCACAAUGGUGUCAAAUAUCCGUGCGAUAAAUGCCCAAAGAAAUUCUCACACAAGAGUUAUCUCAAAACCCACGUCGAAUCGAUACAUCAUAAAAUUACGUAUUCUUGCAAUAAAUGUCAAAAGACAUUUUCAGAAAAGGGUUAUGUCAAAACUCACGUCGAUUCGGUGCAUAAUGGUGUCAGACAUGCAUGCGGUAUUUGCCAAAAGACAUUCUCAAAUAAGGGUUAUCUAAAAAAACACAUUGAUUCGAUUCAUAAUAGUGUCAGACAUGCAUGCGAUAUUUGUGAAAAGACAUUCACAACAAAGAAUUAUCUCCAAAACCAUAUCGACGCUGUGCACAAUGGAAUUGGCUUCGCAUGUGAUAUGUGCACAAAGAAAUUUACUGCGAAAAGUAGUCUGAAAGCCCAUAUCGAUGCUGAGCACAAUGGAAUCACCCACACAUGUGAUUUCUGUGGAAAAAAAUUUAAAUAUCAGACUCAACUCCGUAAGCAUGUCAAAUCCUCACAUAGUGGUAUCGUAUAUUCAUGCGAGACAUGCGGCAAGACAUUUGGACAGAAAAGAAAUCUCAGAGCUCACAUCGAUAUGGCGCAUCGCUCACGCAAUCAGACCUAAUAAAUGUAUUAAGUUUAUGUUCAAUUAAGUUACAAAUUCAAAUGUACGAUCACGUGGAUCUCCUUAGACGACUGAAUUAAUAAUUUUUAUUAAUUAUAUGAUCAA